AUGCGUUCUCUCUCCGUUCUCCUCGCGGCCAUCACCGCCGUCACCGCCCAGCAGGCCGGCACCCAGCAGACCGAAACCCACCCCAAGCUGACAUGGCAGAAGUGCACGGCCUCCAGCUGCUCCAACGUCAACGGUGAGGUCGUCGUCGACGCCAACUGGCGCUGGCUCCACGACAGCUCCGGCGCCAACUGCUACGACGGCAACAAGUGGACCGACAAGUGCAGCACCGCCACCGACUGCGCGACCAAGUGCGCCGUCGAGGGUGCCGACUACUCCGGCACCUACGGCGCCACCACCUCGGGCAACGCCCUCAGCCUCAAGUUCGUCACGCAGCACGCGUACGGCAAGAACAUCGGCUCGCGUCUGUACCUCAUGAACAGCGCCACCAAGUACGAGAUGUUCACCCUCACUGGCAACGAGUUGGCCUUCGAUGUCGACCUCGCCCAGCUCGAGUGUGGCCUGAACGGUGCCCUCUACUUCGUCCAGAUGGACGAGGACGGUGGCAUGGCUAAGUACCCCUCCAACAAGGCCGGUGCCAAGUACGGUACUGGAUACUGCGACGCGCAGUGCGCUCGCGACCUCAAGUUCGUCGGCGGCAAGGCCAACAUCGAGGGUUGGGUCCCUUCCUCCAACGAUGCCAACGCUGGUGUCGGUCCGUACGGUGCCUGCUGCGCCGAGAUGGACGUCUGGGAGUCUAACUCUCACUCUUUCGCCGUCACUCCCCACGCAUGCAAGACCAACGCCUACCACGUCUGCGAGAAGUCCGGCUGCGGCGGUACCUACUCCGAGGACCGCUUCGCCGGCGACUGCGACGCCAACGGAUGCGACUUCAACCCGUACCGCAUGGGCCAGACCGGCUUCUACGGCAAGGGCAAGACCGUCAACACCUCGUCCAAGUUCACCGUCGUCACCCAGUUCUCCGCCAACAAGGUGGCGCAGUACUUCGUCCAGAACGGCAAGAAGAUCGAGAUGCCGCAGUCCGCCAUCAGCGGCGUCACCGGCAACGCCGUGACCCCGGCCUUCUGCUCGGCCCAGGUCAAGGCCUUCGGCGACCGCGACCGCUUCACCGAGGUCGGCGGCUUCAACCAGCUCAACUCCGCCCUCAGCGGCAAGUGGGUGCUCGUCAUGUCCAUCUGGGACGACCACUACGCCAAUAUGCUCUGGCUUGACAGCACGUACCCCCCUGAGAAGGCCGGCCAGCCCGGUGCGGCGCGCGGCGACUGCCCCGCGAGCUCCGGUGUGCCCUCCGAGGUCGAGUCCCAGUACGGCAGUGCCACCGUCACUUACUCCAACAUCCGCUUCGGACCCAUCGGCUCGACGACCGAUAUCGAGUGCGAAUGGGAUUCCGAGCCCGACACAUCGCGCAUCGUCCAGAUACGCAAACGCAAGGAGGAACUCGAACGCGAGAAUGAAGACUUGCACGAGCUACUGCAGUUCCUGCAGACGCGGCCGGAAGAAGAAGCCGUCGAGAUCCUCAAGCGUCUACGCGCGUCCGACGACGCGCUCCAGGUGCUUGACUUUGUGCGCACCGCCGACCUGCUGCUGCAGAGACGACAAACGGGUUUAGGUGCCAGCCCACGCGACCCCAACCCCUCCAAUUCCGAAGUUGACGAUAUGCCUGCAAGCUUUCUCAAAGUACCUGCACGGCCGUGGACCGCUCUGGCGAACGAUGGCGUCGUUUCCGAGUUGAUCACUGGCUUCUUCCUGUGGGACGCGUCCUUCUUCCUCGCGUUCGUGGACCGCAAGGCUUUCCUCGACGACAUGCGCGACCGCAUGCCGAGCACGGCGAGAUACUGCUCUCCCGUGCUCGUAAACGCGAUUUGUGCGCUGAGAUGCCACACGUCGAGACGAGCAAAAGCCUUUGGACACGUAAACGGAUGCGAUAUGCGAUCUCUGUUCUUCGAGGAAGCAAAGCGACUGUUAGAUUUUGAAAGCGGACGCCCAUCGCUGACGACCGCGCAAGCGUUGUUUAUCAUGCAUCUUUCGGCGGCAGCCACGGGGAUGGAUCGUGCUGCGAGAAUGUAUCAACUUGCGGCCAUCGAUAUGCUGCAAGAGAUACAAAUUCUCGAAAAUCCAAUGGCGGACGGCGAGGACAAGCGACAUGAUCGGGUCAUAUCGAGGGCGAUGUGGGGGCUGUACUGCUUCGAGAGCAUCUUUGCAUUUUCCUACCUUCGACCGUCCUUAAUACCGACACCCCUGAUUCCACGAAGUUUCAUCGAUCAAGUCCCCCAAGACUCGUUAGACACGUUACAAGACGAUCGCCGGGGGCUUCUGCUGUUGAACACCACAUGCGAUUUGUCAAUCAUAUCCAACAAGGCGAUGGAGUACAAUGCCGGCUUGAAGACGGGUGGUCUUGACGACGAGCAGGACAUACGGCGACGGAUAGACCUCUUCGCAGAGUUACGAACAUGGCGCGACACAAUACCACACGGAUUCGAAGAGGCAGAGGUGUUCUCCCCUUCAGCAUAUUACCUGAGAGCCUACGAAGACCAAGUUAUCCUCGCUAUUUUUCGACCAUUACAGCAUGACCUGCAACUUCCGGACGACGGGCUCGUCAGCGAUCUUCUCCUGGCGUACUGCGAGCGGAGCAUCGCCGGAAUCGAAGAACACGAGCGGGCGCUGUCCCUUAGGGAAUGCUCGAGCAUGAUCCUGACCCCGUUGUUCAAUGUGUCCAUCACGCUGGCCCGGCUCCUGGGGCAACAAAAGACCCACGAGCUGUUCGCGCGGACGUGUCGGCUGAUACGGGACCGCGUGGACGAUUUCCCCUUUGCGGGGUUUCUGCUCAAGGGACUUUUGGCGAUCGCGGCGGACGGCGGGGACGAAAUACCAGCGGUGGCAAAACAGCACUUCGAAGGCCUCCAACUGGACGAGCAUAUGCUGAAAGAUGUGCCAAUCAGCUUUGUUCUUCCCUCGCGCGGAGAUGGAUGGGGUGCACGGGGUCAAGGUGAGGUUGGAGUUCAGCUGGGUACAUUGAUCUCGAGAUGGAGUCGUCUGUCCAUGUCCAACUGA